GUUAAAAAUUUCUAAUGGAGAUCCCUGCGACCAUGGCGCUGCGAGUGGUCGGGAGCGUGCGCAUCGAGGCCUGAAGCCUGCGCACAGCCUCGGUGCCCUCCGCGCCCUGCUCAAUGCGGCCCUGGCGGGUGCGGGCGGGCGCCGUGCAGUCCCUGCGCACUGGGACGGCUCUGCUCAAAGCACGUAAAUUCACAGAGAAACAUGAAUGGAUAACAACAGAAAAUGGUAUUGGAACAGUAGGAAUCAGCAACUUUGCACAGGAAGCUUUGGGAGAUGUUGUCUACUGUAGUCUGCCCGAAGUUGGGACAACACUGAAAAAGCAAGAUGAGUUUGGUGCUUUGGAAAGCGUGAAAGCUGCCAGUGAACUCUAUUCUCCUCUGUCAGGAGAAGUAACUGAAAUUAAUGAAGCACUUGCAGAAAAUCCAGGGCUUGUCAACAAAUCUUGUUAUGAAGAUGGCUGGCUGAUCAAGGUGACAGUGAGUGACCCUUCAGAACUAGAUGAGCUCGAGUGA